AUGGUUAUGAACAGUGAAUUGGAUUCAUCAUGCCGUCGUGCUCGAACUGCAUUCAGCCGUGAGCAGUUGACAGUUUUGGAAGAGGAGUUUGAUAAGAAAAUGUAUAUACAACCAUCACGUCGCCGGGAAUUGGCCGUCCAACUAAAAAUUUCGGAAUCAACAAUUAAGGUUUGGUUCCAAAACCGACGCAUGAAAGACAAACGCCAACGCCAGCUCAAUUGGCCAAUCGCAGCUGUUUACAACGAUCCAACAUUCGCUGCUUCGUUGCUUCAAGCAGCGGCCACUUCAGUCAGCAUGCCAUACUACGCUCCAACCCCGAUGAUCCCACAAAUGCCGGUGUUCCCUCCAGCAACGCAAAUCCCAUCGGCUGCCGUGAAUGCUUACGCAUACGGCUAUCGAUACUCUCCAUAUCAGAUUCCACAUCGGAACCCUGUCACCAUUCAAAGUCAGCUACAUUCGCCCGAUUCAUCGCCUUUAACAACGACACUCGAUAGAAUGGACUUUGCACAAUUGUUUCGGCCAUACGCAUAG